CCAUACAAAUUCAGAUGUGGUAGAACAAGUAUUAAAUAACCCCAAAAGGGCAAGCAAUUUUAGGUUAUAGUUUUUUCAGGAGGCUUACAAACGCAAUUCGAUGCGUUUGGACAAAAUAAAAGUCGCCACUUUCCAAUUUGAGAUGUAAAGAAAGUGAGAGUAAUGGCAUUACGCAUCAAUUUUUACUAAUUCCUUGCAUCAAGAUCCCUCCAAACACGGCCACAAGAGUCCUCGUUCGCCUCUUCUUCUUCAACAAAAAGUGUCAAAUACGUCCCCGUUAAUGUUCCUUUUACUCUUCCACAAGAUCGAACUCAUAUAAAUACUGGGUUUUGUUCCAGAUUUGGAUUCAAUUCCAGUUGGGUGUUCGUGAUUUUCGAAAAAACCCAAGUAAAAUCAAGUUUGUUCUUGUGGGUUUUAGAAGAAACUUCAUUUUGAUCUUCCUUGUUGGAGUAUGACGGUCGGGGAGCCACGGAACGGUAAGGAUAUCAUCUACGAUGCCGUUUCCGGUGCCUCUGCAGGUGCUAUCGCUGCCACUCUCAUGAGUCCAUUAGAUGUGAUCAAGACAAGACUGCAAGUUUAUGGCCUCCCUGAUGUGCCUCGAAAUAAAGGGAGUGUUAUUGUAACAAGCUUCCAAAACAUUAUAAGAAAUGAAGGAUUGAGGGGAUUAUAUAGGGGACUUUCUCCAACAUUGGCUGCAUUACUUCCAAAUUGGGCUGUCUAUUUCGCCGUAUAUGGGCAACUCAAAGAGCUUCUCGAUUCACAUGGAGACGGCAUGGGCCACCUUACUUUCGGGGCAAACAUGAUAGCGGCUUCUGGUGCUGGAGCCGCCACUGCAAUCACCACAAACCCAUUGUGGGUCGUAAAGACACGACUCCAAACACAAGGGAUGAGAGUGGGUGUAGUUCCUUAUACAAGCAUAUCUUCAGCCUUGAGGCGAAUCGUUCAUGAGGAAGGCUUUAGAGGGUUGUACAGUGGACUUCUACCCUCUCUUGCUGGCAUAAGUCAUGUCGCUAUACAGUUUCCAGCCUAUGAAAAGAUAAAAUUGUACUUGGCAAAUAGGGAUCAUACAACUACUAACGAACUUAGCCCUGGGAAACUCGCAAUCGCCUCAUCAAUGUCGAAAGUACUCGCCUCAUUAAUGACCUAUCCACAUGAGGUGAUUCGAUCAAGACUACAAGAGCAAGGGCAAGUUCGGAAUACGGAAAAUCAUUACGCGGGUGUGGUGGAUUGUGUGAAGAAAGUUUUCCGAAAAGAUGGUGUGGCUGGGUUUUACAGGGGAUGUGCUACAAAUCUAUUAAGAACAACUCCAUCAGCUGUGAUUACGUUUACAAGUUAUGAAAUGAUUAAUCGAUUCUUGCAACAUGUUCUUCCCCCUCAUAAAACUAAAACCCCUUCAAAACCAGGCGAUGGAAAGAUGAAACCCCCUCAAAAAGUUGCAGGAAAUGAUGUGAAUGAUUUACAGAUAUCAAAAAUGAGAUCGAAUAAUCAUCAUAGCACGAGAACUUUUAUACCUUUGGGGAAUCAAGAUCCUAUCGAGUGACUCAAUUUUUGAUGAUGAUGAUGAUGAAUAAUUGUAGGCGACACCAUUUUGUUUGUUAUAUUUUUGUUUUUCUUUAAAUAAAGGAAUCGUAUUAUGGAUUUUUGGAGUUUAGUUUAGUUUUUUGGGAGAGGAGAAGUGAAGUGGUUAAAGGGUAUUUGUACAAACGUUGUAGCAUGGUGUACAAGCUAAUACAGCGUAAUUAUUCUGGAUUUA